AUGGGCGGCGACGGCGCGAAGCUCGUCGGCGCGGCCGGCGACGGCGACGAGCGGCGCGUCCGCGAGCUGCUCCGGGACGGCGUCGCCGUCGACGCGCGGGACUGGGACGGCCUCACCGCGCUCGUCGCGGCGGCCGCCAAGGGCCGCGCGGCGCUCGUCGGCGAGCUCCUCGGCGCCGGCGCGGACCCGGCGGCCGGCGACAAGGACAACAUCACGGCGCUCAUGGAGGCGGCGAUCGGCGGCCACGCCGACGUCGCCGCGCGGCUCCUCGAGGCCGCGCCGGCGUCGCUCGACGCGGCGGCGGCGAGCGGCGUGACCGCGCUCUGGCUCGCGGCGGGCGAGGGCCGGCUCGCCGUCGCCGAGCUCCUCCUGGGGCGCGGCGCCGACGCGUCGAACGCGCGGAGCGACGGCAUCACGGCGCUCAUGGCCGCGGCGACGGGCGGCCACGCGGCCGUCGUCGCCGCGCUCGUCCGCGGCGGCGCCGACGUCGCCGCCGCCGACCGCGACGGCCUCACGGCGCUCAUGAACGCGGCGGAGAACGGCACGGCGGCGGCGGCGGCGGCGCUCCUCGCGGCCGGCGCGGACGUCGACGCGACGUCGGCGACGGGCUUCACGCCGCUCAUCGUCGCGGCCGCGGGCGGCCACGACGCCGUCUGCGCCGCGCUCCUCGACGCGGGCGCGGACGUCGGCAGGCGCCACGACGAGGGCGUCGACGCGCUCAUGUACGCGGCCGCCGGCGGCCACGCGUCCACGGCGGCGCUGCUCGCCGCGGGCGACGCCGACGUCGAGCCGCACAAGGACGACGUCACAGCGCUGCAGGUCGCGGCCCAGGGCGGCCACCUCGCCUGCGUGUCGCUCCUCCUCGACGCCGGCGCCGAC